AUGAUAGGCCCCUUCUUCUCCGACGAAAAGCGGCCCACACGAUGUGCUCUCGAGAUUGACGUCACGGUGAAACUGCUCGUGCUUUGCUUUGUCGCAAAGGCUUGCGCGCUGCGUCACCACCAGUCCGCACCUGGAUACCAGGGUCCCGGCUACAGUGGUUACGGUGGCUAUAGCGGACCUCCAGCAGGCCCACCUUACCAAGGCUACGCUGAUUACUCAUCCCCACCGCAGCCGUACAGCUUUGGCUACGACACGGCUGACGAGUUCGGCAACCGGCAGUUCCGCAGCGAACAAGGUGACGCAAAUAACGCAAAGACUGGCUCGUAUGGUUACACGGACGUCAACGGUCUCUACCGGCGCGUCAGCUACGUCGCCGAUGCCAAUGGCUUCCGCGCCAGUGUAGACACCAACGAACCGGGCACGGCGCCGGGAGCCAGCGCCGGCGUUGUGUUCAACGCCGCGCCCGUUGUGCCGCCCGUUCCUGCUGGGACGGCAACACCUGCUGCGUACGGCGCCAGGGAAGCCCCUGGUUACAACAACGCAUUGAGCGGAUAUGGUGGAUAUGGAUACGACCCUUACGGCCGCGGUGCUGGAGCCGGCUACGGUGGCUACGGACGGUUCGGCUACGGCCCUAAUGGAGCUGCUGUGGGUGGUUAUGCCAACGGUGGACGCACUCCUUCCGGCUACGGUGCCGCCGGCUAUGCGGCGGGCCAGUACGGUCCAGCUGGCUACGGCAGAUUAGCCGCUGGUCACCAUGGCUUCCGCCGUCGUAGAUAA